AAUCGGAGGGAGCGAUGAACGGCAAAUGUUUACAUUGAAAUUGAAGUUGAUGUAAUGUUGUGUACCACGAUAACUCCCAUUUCGGCCGGGUUGUUAUGGUUCAGAUUUUGUUGUUGAACAGUGAUUGGGUGUUGUGUUCUACAUAGUACAACGAGCUGCUGAGAUGGCCAAUUCUACAAAAGCUUCUAAGGCUAAUGAUGCUAAAGAGCCCAUUCCUAAGACACUGGGAAGCUCUCCUUAUAGUGAUGCAGUGUAUCAUGAGCUGUCGAGGUUAAACGGCCAGGUUAAUAGAAUGAACAAGCAGACACUAAUACAGAAAAUGAGGAGCCUACGACUGAGCACAGAAGGAUCAACAGAUGUUCUAAAAAAGCGCCUGAAGAAUUAUUAUAAGAAAAGGAAGCUGGCUACAAUCAAUGUGACUUCUUCUCAUAAACUUUACCCAUAUUAUGUAAUUGUAGAUUUUGAAGCUACGUGUGAAGAAGUAAAUCCACCAGAUUAUCCGCAUGAAAUAAUAGAGUUCCCAGCAGUACUGGUAAAUUCGGAAAAGUAAGAAAUUGAGGAUUGUUUUCAGUCAUAUUGUAGACCAACUGUAAAAUCAACACUGUCUAAAUUUUGCACUGAAUUGACGGGAAUCACUCAGGAGCAAGUUGACAAAGCUGAAACAUUUCCAGAAGUUCUGUCACGUUUUGAAGCUUGGCUGGUGAAACAUGGACUUGGAACGAAGUAC